GUAUGUAAAGUGCAUCAACCUACACACGCCAUUUUAUUCCCGUUACUCACCGGUUGCCGUACCUCGCUAAGUUCGGCUUCCAAUCAGUUGCUCUUCCUCCUCCUCGUCGCCGCCUCCGCAAGUGAUUGUCUCGCCCUCCGCUCCUCCGAUGGCAGUAACGUCAGGGAAGCCUAUGUACAAAUUGUUUCUGGCACAACACUGCCAACAAACUUGGCAGUCGAACACCACAAAUCUGUGUGUAUCUUUUGGUCUUGGUACACGCAGAACAUAUCCUUUGCCAGGGUUGAAGUUAGAAUGGACUGGCAUGUCAUCCAUCCAUUCACAUUUUUUACCAACACCAGACACCAGUGUGAGGAAACGAAUAAGUAUUUCAUGCAAUGCGGCUCAAGGUACAAGUGCUGUUUCAUCUCAUGAGAAGGUUGAUUUUCUCAAGCUUCAAAAUGGAAGCGAUAUCCGAGGUGUUGCUGUUACUGAUGUUGAGGGUGAGCCGGUGAAUCUAACUGAACCGGUUUCAGAAGCUAUAGGUGCUGCUUUUGCUGCAUGGUUGUUGGAAAGGAAGAAACCAAAUGAAUCAAGACGAUUGAGAGUCUCCAUUGGUCAUGAUUCACGAAUAUCUGCUCAGAAAAUGCAGGAUGCAAUUUCUCGUGGACUUGCUGAUGCUGGUGUAGACGUCAUCCAAUAUGGAUUGGCAUCUACACCAGCAAUGUUCAACAGCACACUUACAGAAGAUGAAAGUUAUCUCUGUCCAGUUGAUGGGUCCAUAAUGAUAACAGCAAGUCAUCUUCCCUAUAAUCGCAAUGGCUUCAAAUUUUUCACUAAUGCUGGCGGACUUGGAAAAGCUGACAUUAAAGACAUUUUGGUUCGUUCUGCCAUUUUAUAUGAGAAGUUCUCAGUUGCUGGCGUGAAGGAAUCAAUUCAAACUGCUAUUAGCAAUGUGACAAGGGUAGAUUACAUGUCUGUUUAUACUUCAGAUCUGGUAGCUGCAGUUCGUAAGGCUGUGGGAAACAAGGAGAAGCCUUUGGAGGGAUUUCACAUUGUUGUUGAUGCAGGGAAUGGCGCUGGCGGCUUUUUUGCUGGAAAAGUGCUUGAACCUUUAGGCGCUAUUACUACUGGUAGCCAGUUCUUGGAGCCUGAUGGUUACUUCCCAAAUCAUAUUCCCAACCCUGAAGACAAAAAUGCUAUGAAAGCAAUAACCAAGGCAGUUGCUGAGAAUAAGGCAGACUUGGGUAUCAUAUUUGAUACAGAUGUUGACAGGUCUGCUGCUGUAGACUCAAAUGGGCGGGAGUUUAACCGGAAUCGACUGAUUGCUUUGCUGUCUGCAAUAGUUCUCAAGGAACAUCCAGGGACUACUAUAGUAACAGACAGUGUUACCUCAGAUGGCUUAACAACCUUCAUUGAGAAGAAACUUGGUGGAAAACAUCACAGGUUCAAGCGAGGCUACAAAAAUGUAAUUGAUGAGGCAAUUCGCUUGAAUUCUGUUGGUGAAGAAUCACAUUUAGCGAUCGAAACAAGUGGCCAUGGAGCUUUAAAGGAGAAUCACUGGCUUGACGAUGGAGCAUUCCUCAUGGUCAAGCUCUUAAACAAACUUGCUUCUGAGAAAGCUUCAGGUUCAAGUAGUGGUAGCAAAGUGUUGACUGAUUUGGUUGAGGGUUUGGAAGAACCUUCUGUCGCAGCUGAAUUAAGGUUGAAGAUUGAUCUGAACCAUCCAGAUCUUAGAGGAUCAUUCCAUGAUUAUGGAGAAGCAGUUUUGAAGCAUUUGGAGAAUAGAAUAACUUUGGACCCAAACUUGAAGAAAGCACCUGUCAAUUAUGAAGGAGUCAGAGUAUCAGGACAUGGUGGAUGGUUUCUCCUAAGGCUGUCACUCCAUGAUCCAGUUCUCCCUCUCAACAUUGAGGCACCUAGCAAGGAAGAUGCUGUGAAGCUGGGGCUCGCAGUUCAAGCGGCUGUUAAAGAGUUCUUUGCUCUGGAAACAUCAGCACUCGACAAGUUCGUGCAACAACAACAAUGAAAUAUUGUCCAAGCGAUGCAGGGUUUGGCCUUAAUUUUCUAGUGUAUUGGUUUUCCUUAUAGAGUCAGAAUUGCCAAUAAUGUUUGAAGUGCAGAAAUUAAAGGACACUACUUAAAAAACUCCUUUUCCACACGCCACUGAUCCUAUUGCCCGGAGUUGCUACUGUAGUUGAUGAGCCAGACGAUCAGUGGCGGUAUCACUGCUUACAGCCUCUGCCGUCCUGGACUCUGGGUUCGUUGCUGUCUCUGUCAUAAUCGACGAGCAAAUUUCUCACUAAAUGGCAAUCAAAGAAAGCAACUCCUUUUCAUGUGCAAUUUGGCAAUGGGUGCAUCACUGCAUCAUUUAUUCUCUUAAUACCUAUUGCUUGGUUGCUGUAGUUGAUAUUAUUUUAUCAAGAAUAAUUUGAAAUUUUAAAAUGUGUUUGAAUGAGGAGUGCCAGUUAAAUAUUUAUAGGGAUGAAAUAAAAGUUUUAAUUUUGAGAA